GACUUGGGCGUUUGUGCUUGAAGCGGCGACACACCAAACAACAGAAAGCCCAAUCCCCAUCCACUAAACGUAGACGACUGGUGCUGAAACAGGAACGGGCUACUAAUCAAGGUGCAAAUGAAGCUCUAGAAGGAGACACAUAUCAGUCAGGAAUUGGUCACGGCGACAAUGUAGAUGUGGAACAGAUUCCAGAUUCCAUUCCAAGGGGCAAUUUUAAACCUGUCCAGUUACCAGGACCCCCAGCUGUUAUAUCUUUUGACUUGGAAAUAACAGGCCUGAUUAAAGACGGAGUGCUUCCGCAGAUUACACAGAUUGCUGCAGUGGAGUUACAGUCAGGAGAGCAGUUCAAUACAUAUGUUAAACCAACAGUUCCCAUUUCUGUGGCUGCAACAACUGUUACUGGCAUAUCAUUUUAUAAUGAGGAAAUGACAGUAAAUGGAACAAAAGUGCAAUCAGUGUCCAUAAAAACUGCUAUGGAUGAAUUUGUUAAUUGGAUAUCCAAAUUCAAAAGUGUAUGUUUAGUAGCUCACAAUGGUCGCAGAUUUGACUUUCCCAUUCUUGUGUCUACAUUAAAGAACAUUGGAGCUCAGGAUAAGUUAUCAGAAUGUGCAUUCAUUGACUCCAUGUCAGUGUUUCGAAAGCUUUAUCCGAACACAUCACUGAAACAAGUAGACCUUGUGUCAUCUUUACUUGGUGAAACAUACGAUGCACACAAUGCCAUGGGUGAUGUGGUUGCCCUUGGGAAAUUAAUCAAGUUUGUGAACCUCUCAAGUAGUGAUUUAAUGGCUCAUAGUUUUACUCAGUCAGCAAUUGCUAAUAACAUGGCUUUCAACAAAUCUAAAACACUCAAUUUGCCAUCAUUGAAUCCGUUGAUUUAUUCAGGUGUGAUAAAAAAACCUACCGCUGAAAACAUUGCUGGGUCUGGUCUGAAUAUAAAUCACUUAAAACUGUUGCAUAACAGAGGUGGGGAAGAUGCUUUAAAAGAUGUGUUUAUUUCAAAGAACUCAGAAGGCUUACCAGAGUCUCUAACAAUAAGAAAGUGUUGGAAGAGAUUGUACCACAAAUUGCUAAAUAUUUUGAAAAUCACUAGAUUUUUAUACUCUGGUAUAAUAACUGUUCAGGGACAAAAAUGUUUUCUGUACAUUUAUUUGUCUGUACAUCCACAGUGAUAAUUAAGGAAAUAACAAUAUAGGUGUUCUAUAUUUAUUGCAAUGUUCUUAUCUAUAAAACAUCAUACAAUGUAUUUACCAG